GUUGAAUAUUCACAUGUCAUGACGUCCAAGCAGAUGCGCUGUCGCAGACUCUAACCUAGACUCGCAAUCCCUUGUCCCUUUGUUAGGUGAACCUGAGUCGCGUCUGCAUCCUUGAACUUUGGGUCAGAUCAUAAAGAGACCGGGUCUUGCACAAUCUCUUGUUCCCCAUGUCUUGAUAGACCAUCUCCAACCUCUUUCAUCCUUUGUCCAACACACGCGAGCGAAAACACCAUGGAAAAAUAUAGCCAAUUUCGAGAUCGAGCUACGGGCAUUUCGCCCUUUCUCCCCGUCUCGACACCCCUCUCCGCUGUCGCAAUAUUCACCCACGGCGCCCUCUUCCUCUUCCGCCUCCCAUUCUUCAUCUUCUUCUUCCUGGGCUACUUCCUCAUAUUCCACUUCCUACCAUUGCCCGUCAUCUUCCGCAAGGUGGCCCUCUGGGGUUUGAUGGCCAUCCCGGGCAUCUGGUGGGUAGAUCUUCAACUCGACGGUGUCAAGCGCGGCACCCUCGCCGACCAACCCCGAGAGCGCUUCCCGCAUCCUGGAUCCGUCAUCGCCGCCAACUUUACGAGUCCUGUUGACGCUAUCUACCUCGCCGCUAUUUUCGAUCCCAUCUUUACCGUUUCGUACCCCGAGACUCGUCAAGUGCAGCGUCUCAGUCUUCUCGGCGCCGUCUUGAUGGCCCUAUCGCCUGUGCGAACCGCUCCCCCGAAGAACGCCAAACUCGUCGAUAUCAGCGAUCUCCUAGCCGACAACCCGAGCCGAGUCAUUGCCAUUUUCCCCGAGUGUGGUACCACCAACGGAAAGGCCAUUCUGCCUUUCAGCCCGAGUAUUCUCCAAUGCCCGCCCGACGUCCACAUCUUCCCUGUCAGCAUUCGUUACACGCCACCCGAUGUUACGACCCCUGUGCCUGGAAGAUGGUUUAAAUUUCUGUGGAACCUGCUCUCCCGGCCUACAACUUGUAUCCGCGUUCGCAUUGCUGAGGGUCAGAUGAACUCGGCUGCCGCAAAGACCAACGGCGCUUCAUCUGUUCCCUCUGAUCUGCGUUAUCGAAAUGACGUGGGCGCCGCUGUCUCUGGAGAUGAACAGCGUGUGUUGGAUCGCAUAGGCGAGGCACUUGCCAGACUCGGCCGUGUCAAGCGAGUUGGUCUCACCAUGAAGGACAAGUCCGCCUUUGUGGAGGCUCUCAAGGGCAAGAAGAACUAAAUAUGUAAGAAAGGAAAAUGUUAUAGUCUUUGUUGAAGCGGUAUCGGUUUGGCUUAGAGAAGGCGGACUUGAUCUCUUUCUCAGAUGGGAUGGGAUGGAAUAUGGAGUUCGCAUUGCAAGGAGCUAUUUUGGUGGUUGGCUUUUUUACCUUGAUCUCGCGAAAUACCCACAAUCACUCGUGGAGCGGGGGGUUACGUUUCCGCUUGUUCUUGUGUUUUUUCAAUCUCUUUAGGGCUUGUAUUGGUCUUGUUUGUACUUUAUCUUUGUUGUAACGUAGCUUGUACGUAGACAAGAGGCCCAUGGCACGUUGAAGCCUCAUAUC